AUGGCACCCGUCUAUCCAGAGUCGGCCUCGGGCAAGGCGCCGAACAGACAAAUCCAAUUGAUGCAGCAGGCGAGGGAUGGAGCGUCCUUUGACUCCUAUGAGCUCGCGUGCUUCAUACAUGGCGGAGAGAAUGUGUUAAAGGAACGUAGGCUUGCGUGGGAGCGGGUUGAGACGCUAAUUGGGACCCGAGACACCUCAAAGCUUCCACAGUCGUAUGGCAACCAGAAUCGGGAAGAAAUGUACGAAGAAGGACUACGGUGGGGAAAGAUCAUCUUCGAGGACGGCUUGAAAUUCAAGCACACGUUCUUCAAACACAUCACCCCUCGUUAUGUUCUUCUCAACUCCAGUCCUUUCGCCGGUAAAAUUAUAGGCGCUUAUUGCUCAACGGAAUUGGGUCAUGGAACAUUCGUUCGAGGUAUGGAGACUACGGCGACGUUCGACCCGGAGACGGACGAGUUUGUCAUUAAUUCUCCUUCGGUGUCCUCGGCAAAGUUUUGGCCUGGAGCUAUUGGGUUUUCAUGCACUCACGCUAUUGUCACGGCUCGUUUGAUCAUCAAAUCCGUGGAUCAUGGACCACAUUUCUUCAUGAUGCAGUUUCGAUCACUUGAGGAUGGCACUCCGUUGCCUGGAAUUACCCUUGGCGAUGUUGGCCUGAAGAUGUCGUACAACGGCACUUGCAAUGGCUACGCUUAUUUUAAGAACGUGCGUGUCCCUCGAGUGGAUAUGCUAUCGCGCCACGCUCAAGUUGCCCGUGAUGGCUCUUACACUGGUACCCAAUCUCCCCAGGUUGCUUACGCCACCCUUUUGAUGGUCCGUGGUAUCAUCGUGCGCUCAGUCGGCUUCCAGCUAGCACAGGCGGCGACAAUUGCGGCUCGAUACUCAGUUGUACGCGAACAAGGCCUCGGUCCGAAUGGCCUGGGUACAUCUGAGGCCAUGCUCAUCUCAUACAAGUCCCAACACUUCCGUGUCCUCACCUUGAUUGCUAAAGCAUAUGCGAUUCUGUUUGCUGCAUGGUCUUUUGAGGCUACCUACAAGGCUCUACGCGAGGAGCAGGAGAAUGGCAACCAUACGCUGCUGUCCUACGCUCACAGUGCCGCCGCUGGUUUCAAAGCCUGGUCAACUCAGACGGCCGCCGAUGGUGCUGAAGAUGCGCGCAAGUGCUGCGGUGGACAAGGGUAUUUGAUUAUAUCAGGACUUCCUGAAAUCGCCGCUGCCGCCACUGCUACGGCUACCUUCGAGGGCGAGAACUACGUCCUUUGGCAGCAGGUCGGCCGUUUCCUUUUCAAAGUUAUGGAUGCACUAAAGCAAGGAAAGGAUAUCGACGGCAACCUGGCUUACCUUCAGGAGGAAUACGCAGCUCGGCAUCAAACGAGCCCUUUGGCUUUCCCCGGUCCUCUUCGAUCCACUUCGAUAUGCGAGGCCCACGGCCAGGAUUUUCUCCAACCCGAUGUACAACUCUUGAUUUACCGUAAGCGGGCAUUCUGGCUCAUCGAAUCAACCUACCUAGCCGUUCGUGGCUCAAAAAGAUCUCCUGCAGAUGCAUGGAAUGAGCACAUGCUGUCGAUCAUUAGUGCCGCGCGUGCACAUACGGAGUAUGAGGUCCUGUCGUCGUUCAUCAAGGUCAUCCGCACACUCCCACCAUCCAUGUCGCCAGCCCUCAAGACGGUCCUCACCAAGCUCUGCGCUCUGUUUGCACUGUCUAACAUUGUAAACCCAGCAACAACCAACGCUAUCACCUUCUUGGAGUGCGGCUAUUUGUCCGCCGAUCAGGUGCGGACAAUUCGUUCGCUAGUAAAUGAGCUUCUGGAGCAGCUGUUGCCCGAUGUCAUCUCCCUGACGGAUGCGUGGGACUUCACUGAUGCUUCGCUGUGUAGUGCGCUGGGUAUGCGUGAUGGCAACGUAUAUGAAAACAUUAUGCGUUGGGUUGAACAGGUACCUAUCAACCAGCGGGCAUGGAAGCAGAACAAAGGCGUAUACCAGCCUGGGUGGAAUCAGUGGAUCGAUCCCGUUCUGAAGGCCAAGCUCUAA